GGCGGUGGGGAGGUGGCGGCGGAGCGAGGGGCGGGCGGAAAGGGGCAGCCCCCCGCGGCGGGCCCUUCCCCGCCCCCGCCAUGGCGAGCGGGAUGCUGUCAGGCGCGCAGCGGGCGCUGAUCCGGGAGAGCUGGCGGCGGCUGAGCGGCAGCCCGGUGCAGCACGGCCUCGUCCUCUUCUCCAGGUUGUUUGAUCUGGACCCUGACCUGUUGCCCCUUUUCCAGUACAACUGCAAGCAGUUUGCCAGCCCCCAGGAGUGCCUGUCCGCCCCCGAGUUCCUGGAUCACGUUAGGAAGGUGAUGCUGGUGAUUGAUGCGGCCGUGAGCCACCUGGAAAACUUGCCCUGCCUGGAAGAAUAUCUCUGCAACCUCGGCAAGAAGCAUCAGGCAAUCGGCGUGAAGGUCGAGUCUUUCUCGACCGUCGGCGAGUCCUUGCUGUACAUGCUGGAGAAAUGCCUCGGCGCUGCCUUCAGCCCAGACAUGCGGGAGGCUUGGACCAAACUCUACGGUGCUGUGGUGAAAGCCAUGCGGCGCGGCUGGGAGCCCCUCGCGGAGGGGGACUAGCCCAGCCAGCCCUCCCCGCCGCUGGCCUCGCAGCAGCCCUGCGCCCGGCAGGCGCUCACCCUCUCUCUGCCUCUCUCCGUCUGUCUCUGUGCACCAGCCCGUCUCCAUCUCCUCCAGCCACGCGUGCUUCAGGUCUCUCUCGGUAAUCCUGCCUUGCUUUGACACACCACAUCUCUGCCUUUGCUGGUGGCCAGUGGGGUGUUUCUCCGCAGUGAAGUGGGGAAGCGGCGCGGCACAGCUCCUCUGCCCUGCCCCAGGCUCCUCGGGGCCAGCUGGAGCACCAGUGCUGGUGUCUGUGCUCUGGUCUUCAGCUGGCUCCCCUCCCCUCCUCUCCCCUCGCUGCCCACCCUAGUUAGAUGACAGUGGGAGGUGUCCUCAGAGGCUCACUUGCCUGAAAUCCUCUUUGCUGUGCUCGAGACCUGCUGAGGCUGUCACCGCUCGCUUCUUGUGCACGGCUGUGCCCGGUUCAGCUCUGCAGGUGGCGGCUGGCUCGGCUCGCUCCAGGGGCAGGGUGGCUGCGGCCGUCUUGGGCAGCAGAGGCAGGAGCUGGCCGUGCAGUGCUGCCAUCCUCCCCAGUCCCUGCGGUGAGCUUUUACCCACUCUCCUCACCCAGGUGUUGCUCCUGGGUCCAUCCUGGUGCUCUUCCCCCUGCGUGGCACCCAGGGUCUUUCCCUAUGUAAGGUUGGUCAUGGCUUACUGUGUGUCCUGGGGCUGUUUCGAGCAGUGGGGUCACGUUAAUGCCAAGGUAGGGCUGCUCCUAGUGGGUGUGGGCUGCUGCCUGGAAGGAUUUUUGUCUGCUUGGCUGGUUGGGUUUAACCUGAGAGCCCGCUGAAUUGCAGCAGCAGUGGUGGCUAUUUAAUGCUUUGUAUUGAGGAGAAUAAAGUAAAUACAAGAAACGAUGCCUUAGAAUAAAAAUGAAGGUUGCAAUCAUGUCAUGGCAACGGCUUCCAGAAAUGAUUCUGGCUCUCGGCCAGAGGAAGCAUAGCUGGAAUUUCUCUGCUGAUGCUGUCGGGACCUGGAGUGCUUCCCAGCUGCACACAAUGCCCAUCUGCGGAGCUUCCUCGCCCUUCGGAAAUAACUCCGCCGUACUUGAGACACGGCCACUUCGGGGUGGAGCAGGUGCCCCGUUAACUGUGUGCAGCGGAGCUGUGUUAGGGCAGGAGCAGGAAUAAAGCACCUGCUGGAAGAAAGCCAAGGAAGCAGCUGAGAGGCAGCGCCUGACGGCUCUGCUGGGAGCUGAACGUGAGUGCUUGGAGAAGAGGCCACCUCUAUGGGCGAGCUGCUGUGGGACUGGCCGAGCGGUGUUCCCAGCUGUCACUGCCCCCAGGGCAAGGACCUGCUGGGGCCCUGGCUUCCUCCCCGCUCUGGUCCAGGAGCCAGGGAUGGAGAAGCUGCGGGGGAAGCCCUGAUAUGGGGCAGCAGGGACAGGGGACGUCCCCUGUGCAGCCCUCAGCAUCGCAGGGAGGAUCCUUCUGGCCCCCCGUAGGCAGGUGGGUGAGGGAUGGGGUGCGUGGCGCUGCACCCAGCCAUCCCCUCCUCCUCCAGCUUUCCCAGCUCCUUGACUUCUCCUCCUCUGUACCAUGUUUUGUGUAAGGCCUAGGGGAAAUAAACUAGUCCGUGUGCCUCUUACACCCAGCUGUACUGUUUAAUAAAGAACAACAGUGAGCCUCUGCC